AUGAGGGUGGGCGCCUGGGUUGGUCGCAAGCUCUUCGACCCCGAAGCAACAGAGCCUCCAUCCCCUUACUUGCACCUUGCGAAGCUGGCAGAGAUCGCAUUGCGCCCUCUCAAAGUGGUUAUGGAGCCUUUUGUCUCCGGGACGUACUACCAGAAGAAUAUCUACAAACGAUUCUUGCAGCGUGCUCUCUGGAGCCCUGUCGCGAAACAGAACUUCUUGGCCGUUGGAAUUCCUGUAGCGUGUGUGGUGCUGUUGGCCGGGUCUCUGGUGAGCCUGCUGGCUUUUACGCUCAUCAUCCUGGUGCUGCCAGCCGUGGGUUUUCGACUCACAGGCAUUCGCUACACGCUCAACCUCAGCCUAUUCGGCCUCUUUGGUGAUCGCUUUGCCGAGGAGUGUGAGAUUUUUGCGCUGGUCCGGACGGAAGCUGCUUCGGACGAUUUUCGAAGCAUGCGAAGUGACCUAAAGGACCUCAGCAAGAUUGUUGUGAUUGUGAUAGAAGAUAGUUUGUGGUGGUUGCUUCUCGGCCCGGAAAAAGGAGGGCUUCGGGCAUGUCUUGGGUCAGUAUCUUGCAGUAAGUAUGAUGUCGCAAAUCAUACUGGACACGGAAUCUUGUGCAACAAUGUCGAUGCAUGA